CGUUCUCAAGGGCCAAGAUAAGAUACUUAUAAAACAUAGAUAGCUCUUUUAGAAAUAUCUUUUGACCACCAAAACAACAUGUCUGUUUUUCUUGUCAUUAUGGCAACCAUCUGCCUUACAGCAGCCACACCGUAUGUUGAUAUGGGAUAUCCAUACCUGGAUGGUCGACUUCCCAUCACAAACACCUUUAUAUCAGUAUCUAAAGACAAAUCCCCUUUACACAAUAUUGUAUUUUCACCUUCUAUCCCUGGUACGUAUGGUGUAUAUUAUUUUAUUGGAGGACUAGAUGGUUUGGUGCCAGCUGAGGCAUAUACUGGAUAUCUGACUCGAAUAUCUGGACAUGGAUUCAUUUGUAUUGGUGUCGAUAUUUUGUUUCCAGCAAAGAAACGCGGCCUUGGUAACUUUUUCGAUUUCGCAGAUAAAUUUGAAAUGAAUUUCAGAUGGUUAGAACAGAAUUUAACGGCACGACUUGAUCCAGGAGUAAUACCCGACUGGUCUAAAGUUGCUUUUGGAAGUCAUUCAGAUGGGGCUGAUGGGGCAUUAUUAUUGGUGGAGAGGAAUCAUACCAUGGCACAAGCUGUUGUGUUUUACGAACCAUUCAGUUUCAAAUUCAUCAAUAAAACCACUUUCUCAUUGCCAGCUCUAAUAGUAGGAACAGUUUUAUCUAAAGAACACAGAGGCAAAUUGCCACCCUGUAUUAUCAAUGGUUUCGGAUUUGAUCACUUUUAUGAUAUGUGGGGUAAAGGACCUAAAUAUUAUCUGAAUAUAAAGAAUUUCGGUCAUUGUGAUAUUUUGGAUUUUGAAAUACGAGAUGUUUGUGGGGGAGCAAACAUAUGUGAGAGUGGAAAUACUACCAAUAUGAAUUUGUACCAUGAUUUUACUAUGGGGGUGACGUCAGCUUUUAUGAUAAAUACGCUCUAUGGUUAUGCAGAUGAUCAGAAGUAUUUCACAGAUCAGCAAUAUAUUCCAAUUGAAAUGGAAACUAUUAAAUACAAUCUUACGUCAGUGUAA